AUGGAGGUCACAACCUGUAAUGGAUCAGUAGAUGCCUCACCAGUCUUCUACUUGGUGGGCAUUCCCUCCCUGCCAGAGUCUUUCUUCCUCCCUGUGUUUUUUCUUUUCCUUCUCUUCUACCUCCUCAUCCUGGUGGGCAAUGCUCUGAUCGUUGUGGCUGUGACAGCAGAGCCCAGCCUCCACAAACCCAUGUAUUUUUUCCUUCUCAACCUCUCUGCCUUGGACAUCCUCUUCACCACAACCACUGUUCCAAAGAUGUUGUCCCUGUUCCUGCUUGGGGACCACUUCCUCAGCUUUCCUUCCUGCUUAUUACAGAUGUACCUUUUCCAAAGCUUCACAUGUUCAGAAGCCUUCAUCCUCGUGGUCAUGGCCUAUGACCGCUAUGUGGCUAUCUGCCGCCCACUGCACUACCCCGUCCACAUGACCCCACAGACCAAUGCUGCCCUGGCAGCCAGUGCCUGGCUCACUGCUCUUCUCCUGCCUGUCCCAGCAGUAGUGAAGACCUCUCAGAUGGCAUAUAGCAAGAUUGCACACAUCUACCACUGCUUCUGUGAUCAUCUGUCUCUUGUCCAGGCCUCCUGCUCAGAUACCGCCCCCCAGACCCUGAUGGGCUUCUGCAUCGCUAUGGUUGUGUCUUUUCUUCCCCUUCUCCUGGUCCUUCUCUCUUAUGCCCAUAUCCUGAUCUCAGUACUUCGCAUCAACUCCCGAGAAGGACGCUCGAAAGCCUUCUCCACCUGCAGUUCCCACCUCCUGGUGGUUGGCACCUACUACACAUCCAUUGCCAUAGCCUAUGUGUCCUACAGGGCUGACCUGCCCCUCGACUUCCACAUCAUGGGCAAUGUAGUGUAUUCUAUACUCACGCCAAUCCUCAAUCCUCUGAUUUACACCCUGCGUAACAAGGAUGUCAAAGCAGCUAUCACCAAAGUCAUAUGUCUUAAGACCCAGGCUGAGAUAAGAGCUUGA